AUGCAGAAGCUCCGCGCCGACCUUACGAAGCGCCUCGACACCGAUAAUGUCACCCUAACGGCCUACCGCGACUAUGAAUUCGAGCGCCGCGUGAACGAUGUGCGGCGCUUGCAGAGCGCCCUCAACCAUUUUGACAACGCGGUAACGCAGGGCAUGGUGGCAAUGAAGGAAAUUGCGAGCGCGUACGAGGCUGUUGGGCAGGCUUUCACGGAGCUCACCCUCACCAACAACAACCCAGUGCCCGACCCGAAUGGGGCCGAGGAGCUGAGUCCGUACCCGACCGAAGCGGAUGUACAGUACAUGUCCCAGCCCAACGCCAGCGUCGUGGCGGCGGACUACGCAGCCUCCGUCGCGAGCACGCGCAUGCCAGACGAGGCCAACUCGCAGGUGCGUCGCCUGGCUAAGAUCUUCGCCGACGAGGCGCGCCGCAUCAACGAGGGACCGCCGUUCCAGUCGUACAACACCGGCAUUCACCGUGACGUUAUUACCCGGCUCCUCCCUGUCUCGGAGCACCUCAAGAGCAUCGGCGAGUACCGCCACAAGCGCACCGAGGCACUGGAGCGCUACAAUAAGUACAAGGCCGAGGUGGAGAAGGUGGAGAAGCAGUGCACAAAGAAGGGAAAGCCGUUCUGCGACAACAAGAGCCACAAGAAGUACGCUGAAAAGCGCGACGAGGCGUGGCGGGAGUACAUCAAGCGCCGCGACAAAUUCAACAGCAUCUUCGGCAUGCUGAUGGAGGUAAACGACCACGCUGCCGCCCAGAUCAUCCACCGCUACCUCACGCUGAAUCACGAGUAUCUUCAGCAGCUCGUGGCCUCGAUGGACCGCGUGCUGCCGGCGAUGGCGGAGGUGUAUCCUCUGAACAGCGAGUACAACAGCGUCCAGAACACGCUGAUCCUUGAGGCGGUGGCCAACGCAAGAACACCCUUCGCCGACCACUCGAAGGGGCAUUCGUACCGUGCCGUGCCGUGCCAUGGCGGUGACGCCGAGGAUGACAUGGGGCACGAAGAGGGUGAGGAGGCUGUGGACCUCGAUGGUGAGGCCCAGGAAAGCACCCUCACCUCCAUGAGCUAUGACGGUACAGACCACAUCGUCGCAUGCGCACGGUCAAAGCAACAGGCCGACUGCGAGACCGACGUGAAGCCAUCGGUAGCGUUAGAGUCUGCAUAG